ACGAUGGCCGCCUCCAUGACAUGCGUUGCUUAAUUAUAAACUUUAUAAAGUAAUACGAAAAAGUCGGGAUAUUGAACAAUGAGGGUCAAAGUUUUAUCUCGGAAUCCAGACGACUAUUUAAGAGAAACAAAAAGGGACAUUCACAAACUUCCAAGAAACUAUGAUCCCGGCCUCCAUCCAUUUGAGGCACCGAGAGAAUAUGUCCGUGCCCUGAAUAUGACCAAGUUGGAGCGGGUGUUCGCCAAGCCAUUCCUAGGUUCAUUGGACGGACACCGAGAUGGAGUACACAGGCUGUGCAAACAUCCAACAAGUCUGUCACUGUUACUGUCUGGUGCUUGUGAUGGCGAGAUUCGUGUUUGGAAUUUGACAAAACAUACCUGUUUGAAAUCAAUCCAAGGUCAUGAUGGUUUUGUUCAAGGACUUUGUACACACCCAAGUGGCAAAUAUUUUUUCUCGUGUGGCACGGACAAGACAAUAAAACAGUGGAGUAUGGAUGUAGAUGGAUCUGUGAUGGAUGAACCAGUGAACACUAUACUUGGCAAGACAGUUUUUCAAUCAAUGGAUCACCACUGGUCCGAAAACCUGUUUGCGACAAGUGGCGAAUGUGUUAAUAUUUGGGAUGAGGAGAGAACUGAGCCAAUAAGAAGUUUUACGUGGGGCGUCGACAGCACUCACCACGUCAAGUUUAACCCUAUUGAGACACACAUUCUUGGUGCCACUGCAGCUGACAGAAGCAUACUGCUUUAUGAUAUGAGAGGACCGGUUCCUCUCCGUAAGGUUAUUCUCAAACUUAGAUCCAACGCUAUUGCCUGGAAUCCAAUGGAGGCAUUUAUAUUUACUGUCGCCAAUGAAGAUUACAAUUUAUACACUUUUGAUAUGCGGAACUUGAAAGUACCCCUGAAUAUGCAUGUGGAUCAUAUAUCUGCCGUUCUUGAUGUCGACUACUCCCCUACAGGUAGAGAGUUUGUGACAGCCAGUUUCGACAAAACUAUCCGCAUUUAUCCAUUUGACAAAGGCCAUAGCAGAGACGUAUACCAUACUAAGAGGAUGCAGAGAGUGGCGACUGUGCGCUGGUCGCUGGAUGACAAAUACAUCUUGUCAGGCUCAGACGAGAUGAACAUCAGAAUAUGGAAGGCUAGGGCUUCGGAAAAACUUGGUGCUCUGAAACCCAGGGAGAAGUCGGCUUUCCACUACGCAGAGAAACUGAAAGAGAAAUUCCAGCAUCAUCCUGAAGUGAAGAGAAUCUCCCGUCAUCGCCACGUGCCAAAGAUGAUCUACAACGCUUCCAGGGAACUCAGGAUGGCCAAGGAAUCAGUGAAAAGAAAAGAGGCAAACCGCAGAGCUCACCAGCGAGCUGGCACAGUUCCGCACAUUCCUGACAAGAAGAAACAUGUGGUGGAUGAAGUACCGUGAUGGAGGCAUCUCUUUACAGAUAUCACAGGAUGACGGCAUCUCUCUACUGAUAACAUACCAAACUGAUAACGGACAAAACAUCUCUUCAUGGAGUUCCUGCCUUGGUCUGCUGACAAUCAGUGAAGCUAGUCACUUGAUAAAACGAAUACAAACAUUUGGUCUUUCUUGACAUAUAAAUAAUGCAAGAAAGGAUUCUGCAUAGGGCUAGCUCUAGCUCUGUAGAACGUUUCACCAAAUCAUCUGUUAAACGCCACAAACUGCAGAAACCAACCAUUAUUUUCAACAAAAUAUCCAUCGUUACAUGAAAUUCUUUCGCCAAAUUAAAAUAAAAUUGGCCAGCUGUUUAAAAUUUGCAAUUUGCGAAUUUGGGAGAGGCAGAGCUAACCCUGCUGCUGUUAAAUAAUAUGAUUCAAGAAGGAUUUUGCUGUUCUUGAUCUACUUAUUUAUUAACUAUUUGACCAAUAAUUUUUAUCAUAUCAAGUAAGGAAGAUAUUUUAAAUGAACAUUUUAGUUUUUUUGUAUCUAACGUAAUAUGCCAAAACAAGUGAAGUUACUGUAACUAAUAAGCACUGACCGUAGCAAAAGUGAAAUCAAACUAAAGAUGAAAAAUAUUUUGUUGUAUUUACAUAACAUAGUACAACACAUUGGCACAGCCAGGAUGUUAUAUAUGUGGACCCCAGGGCCCGGUAACGCAAAGCACUCGUACCAUUUAUGUCCGAUGUAUGCCACACAUUAUGUAUGGUGUAUGUCUGAUGUAAGUGUUAUGAGUGCUGUAUGUUGCCGGGCCCAGGAGUGGUUGGGCACCCUUGUUAAUUCUCGCUUUUACAUAUAGAUGGUGGUGAUGGGAGGGAAGGUGUGAUUGGCCAUCUAGCUGGUUCUAACUUUUGACCCUGGUUCAGACUGCCAUGCUCAGCCCUUGCAAUUCAGUACAGUGCCUCAGGAAAAAGAAAUGCCUUGACUAAAAUACACCUACAUAUACUACUCACAACAAGUUACGGGCCACAUGGACACUGCAUCGGAGAAGGGUGGCCCAUUCGCUGUGCCAGUGGCAUGGAAACAGUCUUGCAGUUAAUGGAUGACAGAAUGGCUCACUUGCAGGCAUCUCGCUACUUUUUAUGCAUUUGUCAUAUGCUUACUGGCAACCAAACAAGCUGCGAGUCAAAGGCUGAUAUACAUGCAACCUGAAAUGCUUUUUUCAAGUAUGUAGCUUACUUUUCAUUACCCAUCAGCGACCCUGAUUUUUUUUUUUUUUGAAAAGAGUAAGGUAAAAAAAAUAAUAUUGGCCCUUAACUUGUUGUGACUAGUAUAUGUCUUCACUGGUCAUAUUUGCAAAAGGAAAUGCUGAUGUGAAGCUUUUACAUUGAUAUUACAUAAUACUGAUGCAGAUUAGAGGACUGUAUGUUUACAUGGAAAAAAAAAAAAAAUUGAAAUAAACAUGCAUAUUUGUUACACAAUUUUGACAAUAAAUAAUAUAUUCUGUCAA